UGGGGUAUUUGGGACCCCCUAAAUCAUGACCGCUUGAAAACCAAGGCAUGCCAGUCUCUUGCCUCUGUAGUCACUGGUCGUAGACAUGGCGGCGUGGCUAAAAACUGCGAUACAAGCUGCGAAAAGCCAAAAUGUGUACGCAGCAAGUUAUGCGAUACAGAGCCGUGAUUGCUCUUCAAAACCGUACAUUAUCAAAAAUCCGACUACUGCCAGCUUGAAAAGGGGUACCGGUGGUCGUAGCUCCUUCAACGGUGUGGUAUGUACGAUAUUUGGAUGCAGUGGUUUUAUUGGAUCAUACGUAUGUAACCGUCUUGGAAAAAUUGGUACACAGCUUAUUCUUCCAUACAGAGGUGACCAUUACCAUGUUCGGCCCCUAAAAGUAUGCGGAGACCUUGGACAAGUUUUAUUCCACCCCUUUCAUCUUAAAGAUGAAGAAUCUAUACUCAAGAGCAUGAAGUAUUCUAAUGUUGUCAUUAAUUUGAUUUCAUCAUACUAUCCAACUUCUAACUUCAGUUACCAUGAUGUUAAUGUGAAGGGUGCCAGAAGAAUAGCUAGACUUGCCAAGGAAUGUGGGGUGGAACGAUUUAUUCAUGUAUCUUGUUUGAAUGCAAGCGAAAAACCUAAGCCAUUAAUGAUAAAAAACGGUUCAGAAAUUCUUAAAACAAAAUGGGAAGGAGAGUGUGCAGUGAAAGAAGAAUUUCCAGAAGCUACCAUUAUUCGACCCGCGACUAUAUAUGGACAAGAGGAUAAUUUUAUAACACACUAUAUGAAUGCAUGGAGACGAAAUUUGAAAACGGUACCGUUAUGGGAGGGAGGAGAAAAAACCGAGAAACAACCUGUUCAUAUUUCUGAUGUAGCUGCUGGAAUCACUGCUGUUGCAACAAACCCAUUAACAGCUGGUAAAACUUACGAGUUUAUCGGCCCAAGGAGGUAUAAACUGAUUGCACUGGUCAAAUGGUUUUACGAAAUAGCGUCACGUGGACAAGGAGAUUAUUACAAAAUUAUAGACAUGAAAUAUAAUCCAUUGUUUAGAUUGAAAAUUGAAUUGAAUGAAUUCAUACAUAGACUUCAUAGAACUCAGCCUAUGAAUUGGGAAAUUUUAGAAAUAAAUCACACUAGCGACAAUAUAAAUCCUGGAGUGCCAACUCUAGAAGAUUUAGGCAUAACUCCAUGCACCAUGGAAUCUCGAAUGCAAUGGGAGUUGAUGCCGUAUAGAUUCGAAAACCAUUUCAUAGAAACUGUGGACGAACAAAAAGCAUCUGAUCCAGAAACAAUUCCAAUAAAAUGAAGAUUUUAUAUUUAAUUAAAAUUAACCUGUCAGUUCUCGUUCUUUAGUUGAUGACAUAAAAAACAACGACAAAGCAUAUUAUCAGGAAUAUGCGAGUGUUGACAUUUGUCGUUUAUUAAAUGACAGACCAUUCUAACUACAAUAAAAGGUUACACUAUUUAAUUAUUAAUUUCGUUAUACUGUUACAAUAUUAGAUGUUGGUAAAAAAUAUAAGCUAGUUUGGUCCUCGGUUACUAUGCUGACCGAAGGCCACGCAAAUUUUACAUUACAAAUGGCAAGGGAAAAACUAUUUCCCUUUUAUUUUAUAGUCAGAAGCAUAAUACAUCGAUUAUCCAAUCUUCAGUCAAAAAGUUGAUCAGUAAAACAGUGUAAAUUUAACCAUCUGUUAAAAAUAAUAAAUAUACAUAUAAAAUGGUUUUGGAAUAUUAACAACUUCACGUGCUAUAAUUAGUAAAGAAAUAUACAUACAUAUUACGAGUUGCUUAAAAAUAUAAUAAAAUUUCUAAAUAAAGAAACAGUUGCUCCCGAAACGCAAGAAGUGACUGCUUGCAGUUCAAUAGGAAAUUCUGGCUAGCAUUAAAAUAUGUUCUUGCAUAAUAAAUCUGAUCUUUUUAAAUGGUUCUUUUAUGCACGGAAGACUACGUAUACGUAGAACAAUCAUUCGUUAAGUUAACUCUAAGAGUAUCGUGUCAGCAACUAUAUUAUUAAAUAUAAAUGAUACAAGUAUACAUAUAUGUAUAUCAAUCAAUAAUACAAAUUUAUAAAUGGAACACUACACAUCCUCGAAGAGUUAACUUUUCAAGCAUAAAUUAUAGUUACUUAUCUUUUUUGAAUCACGCAAAUUUUAUCCCUUCGUACAAGGUGAAUUUAUUAUAUCCUUAAUUUCUAUAUACUUUCAUUAUCGUCAUCGAAAGUUAUUUAUUUAAAUCUGAUUGUUAACCCCUUGUUUUGUACACUUUACAUAAAUUAAUAUUAAAUACAUGGAACUAUAUCAAUCAGACUUACUUAUAUACGAACAAUAAGAUAUCUAGAAUGAACAUUUUAAAAGUAAUUGAUAAAAAUCAAAAUACAAAACGAGAGGUCAACAUGACAUGAAGUAUUAAGUGUGAUAAAAUCACCACUAAUUUACAGAAUAAAUCCAUAACAUAUGCAGUUUCGUUGAUCCAUUUACAUGGAUCAGUUAAAGCUCGUAGUCGUGCGAAUUACAAUAAUCGAGAACGUGGUGAAUGUUAAUAAGAGAUCUUGAUAACAUUUUAAUAGCAGUUUCAUAAAGUGAAAUUACAACAAUAAUCCAUCACGUAAGUCUUACUUUUACAAAUUGAAAGGCGGCUGUUUAGAUGUUAUUCACCUUAUAUUUUCAAUAAAAUACAAGUAACAAUCACCCGCCUUAAUAAUUAAAGUACAAUCAUAUUUUUCUACUUGUGACUUUUUUAAACAAAGUCUAACUCUAUCAAAUAAGAUAUGUAAAUGGCAGUAAUAUGUAAAUUUCACGAAUGAAGAAAAUGAUACAUACGUAUUUAUACAAGGUAAUAAAUCUUUCUUAUUGCUA